AUGAAUAGCACUGGAAUUGAAGUAUUCGAAAACAAGAAGUUUCUACUUCAUCAUGUCAAAUUUUCAGUGUUACUUUUACUACAAAUUCCAGCCAUUGUACUUUCUAUUCUAAUCUUUAUCUUUUUUAUUAAACAUCGAACUGAUCUUCGUGCUCCGCAUAAUCAAGCUUUAUUUAUCUUACUUUUGGUCAAUUUCAUUCAGUUAUCAUUUGCUUUACCACUUCCACUUCAUUUCUAUCAUCAUAGUUAUGUUGAUCCAGCUACCCCAACUUUCUGUACAUGGUGGACUUUCUUUGAAUUUACUCUCUAUGUAACAAGUGAAUAUUUAAUGGCAACAAUUUCUGUUCAACGACACAUGCUCAUUUUUCAUGGACAUAUUUUACGAAUCCCUUGGAUGCGUAAUGUUCUGCAUAAUCUACCACUUCUUCUUUGUCUUAUUUAUCCAGUCACGUUUUAUUUUUUCGCCAUUAUUCUUUAUUCAUGUGAUGGUACACAAUGGGAUUAUACUAGUAAUUUGUGUGGUUUUGCUGAUUGUUAUCUUCUUUUUAAUAAAGUACUCGGCACAUUUGACUGGGCAUUCAACAAUGGAUUACCUAUGGUUGUAAAUGCAUUAGCCAAUUUAGCCUUAAUUAUGCGAGUGGUUCGACAAAAGCGACGUUUUCAACAAGCAUUAACAUGGCGACAACAGCGACGUAUGACAGUUCAAUUGCUCGCCAUUUCAAGCCUUUAUAUCAUUGCUUGGACACCAUGUCUCACUGUAGGACUUGUACAAAUACUUGGCUAUCCAACAUUUCUUGCUCAAAUUCAAACAGAUUUCUUUCUCGAUCUCAUCUAUGUUGUAUGUCUUUUUCUUCCAUGGGUAUAUCUAAGUUUACUUCCAGAACUAACCAAAUGGAUCAAAGAAUUGUUUCAUUAUCAACAAAAACGUAAUUUAAUUGCACCAAUACGAACCACUCAAUUUCAAACAAGACCAUAA